AUGCCCUCCCGGCCACAAGCCGCUGUUCAACAACUAGCGGAGCAGCUCUCUGAAGGGUUCGAUGCGUUAAGCGGGGAAUAUCAGGUAUUGCUCGCACAGCAGCGACAGCUCGAGAGCAAGCUGUCCUGGGCUAAGCAGCAGUAUCUAGAUUUACUGAAACGUUUCACCCCCGAUACUCUCGCACAAGACCACCUCGUUUUCCUCCAAGACCUCGAGCAUGUAGCAUUAGAUUUGCAGCGACCACCUGUGUCGUGGAUCGAUCAGAUAGCCCAGAGUGACGAUGCCGAACGGAGAAAUCACGCCGUCAUCAUUAAGCAAGCCGAGUCAGCCGUAGCAGAUUUGCGCGAUCCUGUCGUUGAUUCUGGCGUGAAGAUCUGGGGUGGGCCCUCGGCAGACCGGCGGCCGACGCCUCUUCGAAUACAGACAAAUGCAGACAUGGCCUCCUCGAUAGAGAAAGACUUCACUACGAGCGGGACACCUAGCAAGCUCGGUUGUCCAUUUGCUGCGAAUAGUGGUAGGCAGAGCCCACUAGCUACUCCUCGCAGCUCCAUCUCCCGCAUGAGCCAAAAAGGGCGCAGGUCGAAGCGACCUUCAUUCACCGACCCCAUUAGGGCGGAAAUAUGUGGUAUCGAUGACCCUGCCUCUGCUGCCUCUGCCUCUGUUUCUGUAGAAGGCUCAGCUGGCGUAUGCCCGAUUCGUUUCCUCGACCAACAUGACCCACAAGACGUUGCAAAGUAUUUUCAGAAGCACAAGCACGAGUUACCACGAAGCCAUGAAGUGUGCAUUAAUCGCUUCCAGAGCAAUACAAACAGCAUACAGGAGCUUGAUCGCAAAUAUGGCGACCUCGUCAGUAUGAUACAGGGACUGGGCCAGAAGCAUCAGGCAUGGCUGCCAGAAGAACCGGAGGAUGUUGAUGAGGCUCCAGUCGCACCCGAAGAUGAGACGAAGACCGACGUCAAAGUGGAGAAAUGGGCUACGGCAGUGACAGCGAGUCUUGAGAACAGCACCCAAGGGAAAGAAGAAGUAGAAGAACCCGAACUGACACCGGAUGAAACGAGAUCGCCUCGCUUUGAUCGUCCUCUUAAAGACAUUCGGGUUGGCGAGUCGCCCAGUCGACCAUGGGGCAUCCACGUUCCCGCCAAGUACACUGAUGCGGAAAGUUCGUCAUCAGUGGGCUCAGCCGCAACUGCUUCGCCUCAGCUUCCACUUGAUACGACCCGGCCUAUCGGUGAGACGCCACCGAAGAAGACAGGAGGUUGCCCGUUUGGCCACAUGGUCAAAGGCGACGGGUCCAAAGUACAGGAACGAGAUUUCGUCGCGGAGACAGUGCAUGCCGCUAUCACAGAUGCGCCUGCAUCGUUUCUUGCGCAGCCAAUGGAUCCGAGGACUACAGAACAGCCUCAGCCUGAACCGGACCCUUCCCCUAAUCCGAAGCCUGAACCCAACCAUACCUCUUCGCCGAUGACACCGACUGUGAUCCCUCAGAUGGUGUUCAACGGACCCGUCUUCUUGGGAUAUCCGCCAGAGCAGCUGGCCAUACUUUUGCAGAACAGCAACCUCGGCGCCGCUAUGCGAUAA